AUUUAAAAUUUAAAAAUGUUUUCCUGCUGUUCAUGCAAGAAAAAAAGCAGAAGCAGCAACGGUGAAAGCAGCGAAGAAAGUGGUGAUGGUUCUGAAGAAGUCGACUCAAUAAAAAUAGAAUUGCCGAUAGAUAAAAAAAACUCUAAUUUAAAUGAAGAAAGCUCAAAUAUCGUCAACGAAAAUCUAGAGCAAUUAAAUAGUAAUGGCAACGGCAAUCAUGUUAAUCAUGAACUGGAACUGGAACCGAAACUGGAACUGGAACUGGAACUGCAGCCAGAGGAAGAAGAAGAAGAGGAAGAAGUUUUGGACGUGAUUUACGAAGUUAUUAAGCCUAAGGUGAAACCUAAAGUUGAUGAUAAACUAGAAACUGAUAAGGAAAGUUCACCAACUAAUAAAGUUACUACAGCAGAUGCUGAACCGACUGAUAAUUCCAGUCCAGAACUGGAAACUGGCGAUAUUGAUGUUAAUUCCGAAGAGUUUAUCAACGAAGUUAAAGAAAUUUCCCGUGAAAUAAUUCGCGAUGUCGAGAAACGCUCUUUAAUUAUUGUAAAUGAAGCUCACCGUGUUUUGAUAAACACUAAGGAUGUUGACCCUAGUCUUGUUGAAAAUGCCAAAGUUGAAGAGGUUAAUGGCAAUGAAGAUAGAGACAAAGAUAGAGAAGAAACGGGGGUAGAUAAUGAAAUAAAUUUAUUAGAGAAAAAUAUAGUAGUUGUUGAUGAUAAUUUAGAAAAUAAAGUUAUUAAAGAUAAUUUAGAAAAAACAAUUUUAGAGGAUAAUGUAGAAGUAAGUAGCGAAAUUGAAGAAAAUCAAUCAGAUGUUAGCAAUCAUGACGAUAAUUCAAUUACUACUGUUAAAGAAAUCGAAGUUAAUUUAACUGAUAUUAUUAAUGAAGAUAAUAUAUUAGAAGUUAAGAGUAUUAGUGAUGAAAAUAAGGCUAAAAUAAAUAUUAAGGAACCUAACGGAACAACGAAUGCUGAAGAAAGUUCUGUAAGUACCGACGAAGUUAAAUUUCAAGUAGAUAAAGUAAAUAUACAUACUCCAGAAAUAAUAGAUCAUGUUAGAAAAAUUUCGACAGAGUUAAUAAACCAAGUUGAAGUUGAGGUGAUUGAUGAGGUCAAGAAAAUAUCUUCAGAGAUUAUUGAUCAAGUUGAAGACAACAUUACUGAUAUGAUCACGGUUGUUGAAGAAAAUUUGUUGGUGGUAAAUAGAGAGAUUGAGGAAAGUUUGUCGAAAAUUAGGAAGCAUUCUAAAGAUCGAUCUGACGUCGAGUUGUCUUUGGGUUGUGAGGAAGAAAAUUUGAAUUUUACGUUAGUUAAGUGUGAAGAAGAUAAAGAAGACAAGUCUGUCGUUGAUAAUAAUAAUAAAGAAAAAAUAGAUGUUGAUUUGGAUGAAAGUAAAGAAGAAACAGGUGGUGGUUAUUCAAUUAUAAAUCAAGAAAUAAUUGGUAUUUCUUCAAUAGAAGGUGAAGAGAAUUUAAAUUUUACUUUGAUAAAAUGUGAAGAAGAUAAUUCCAAGCUGGCUUCAAAUAAAAGUGAACAAGAUAAUUUGAUAGUUGAGAGUAAUGAAAUAGAAACUGACGAUAAAGCGAAGAAUGAUAAACAAGAGGAAGCAAAAGGAGUUGAAGGUGGAGGAGAAGACGGAAAUGAAGAAGAUAAUGAAGAAAGUGAUUCAACAAGUACUACUGUUUCUAUCAAAACAAUAGAUGAUAUUAAAACGUGUAAAUUGACAUUAGAUAAUAUAGUAAUGGGACCACCGACUGUUUGUUUAUACCAAGCCCCAGGUUACAUCGAACGAACAAUUGCCGAUGGACCUGACGACGAGGGCGACGACUCUGUUUUCGAGAACUCAAUAACUACGGAACCAGUUAGUCCGGCUUUGACUAAACCACCAUCAGUAGCAGUAGUGCCAGUAGAUAAGCCAAUAACGCGUUGGCUCUCUGAAGACGACGACACUGAUAAUCCGGAAGUAUGUGGUGGUAUGCAAGAACCACCAGCUACGCCAGUUGCCAAGGACGAGCUAGCUUUGAGACGGCACAGGUUUUUCUCUGAUUUAAUGCACGCUACCAACAAUGACAACGAGCACAAAGUCAGAUUCGAUCCGUUGGGGCCGAUGAUUCAUCCUGGUUACGAGAACGAGCGAGACGAGCAUCUAGAACAGCUGGUAACCCGUUUGGAGAACGUAACCAAAAGACUCGAGAGCGUGCCAUCGAAAUUUUUUACCGAGACCCAGGAAGUCGCUAUCCAGACUAAUUUUUCAUUGCCAAAGCAAGUCGAGAACGUCGACGUAUCAACAGGUCACGAGUUCGAGGAGGACGAUCAAGAAUUUCCUGAUCCACCUGAUUUUGGAGAGGUAGAAGUUGAAGUUGAUCAGAACUCAGAAGUUGACUACUCAGUUAGUAUGUCUGUUGGUGGGUACGAAGAUCUUGUCGCCGGUCCGUUCGCUGAAUAUUUGGCUCUCAGUCAAAAGAUCGGCGGUGAUGUUGCUGCACACAGCAAACUCGUCAGCGAAGCUUUUCGAAUUCAAAAAGAAUUUAUAAAAACAGCGGCAAGCCGUCCUGCACCAUCAAAUCAGUCUGAACAAGUGUCACUUCUAGGCCCUACAUCAUCACAAAUUCAAUUGAUCCAACAAUUUCGCGAGAAUAAUCGAGGCUCGCAGUACUUUAAUCAUUUGUCAGCAAUCAGCGAGAGUAUUCCAGCUCUGGGAUGGGUCGCUGUUACACCUACACCUGCUCCCUACGUCAAAGAAAUGAAUGAUGCCGGUCAAUUUUAUACCAACCGUGUUUUAAAGGACUGGAAAGAAAAAGAUAAGAAUCACGUUGAGUGGUGCAAAGCAUGGGUACAAACACUCUCUGAAUUACAAAAGUACAUACGUCAGCAUCAUACAACUGGUUUAGUCUGGUCUAAAACAGGUAGUGUAUCAUCGUCAGCAGCAGCAGCACCACCACCACCACCUGGUGGUAUGCCACCACCGCCACCUUGUAUGCCUGUCGGUGAUAUUUCAGCCUCUGCUGGUGGCGAUGAUAGAAGUGCACUUUUUGCACAAAUUAAUCGAGGAGAAGAUAUUACAAAGUCAUUGAAAAAAGUAACAUCCGAUAUGCAGACGCAUAAAAAUUCAUCUCUAAGAACUGGGCCCGCACCAUUCAAAGCACCAGUUCAUAAUAAUUCGAGCUCACCGAUGAAGAGUGUGCCACCAGCAAACGCCCCUAUUGACAAACCAGCAGUAUUCAGUCGUGACGGUAAAAAAUGGCUGGUUGAAUACCACAAAGGAAAUAAAGAUCUGGUGAUAGAAAACCCCGAGAUGAACAACGUCGUUUAUAUGUACCGCUGCCAAGACAGUACUCUCAUAAUAAAGGGAAAAUUAAACUCAAUUGUCAUGGACUCUUGUCGCAAAUCAUCGAUCGUUUUUGACUCCCUCGUCUCCAGCAUCGAGUUCGUAAACUGUCAGAGCGUCCAGAUGCAGGUACUUGGAAAAGUUCCGACAAUUUCAAUUGACAAGACUGAUGGUUGUCAAAUGUAUUUAAAUCAACAAUCACUUGACGUUGAAUUGAUUACUAGCAAAUCUAGUGAAAUGAAUGUUAUGGUACCUAAAAGUAACGGUGAUUACACGGAAUAUCCAGUGCCAGAGCAAUUUAAAACGACUAUUAAUUCCAAAGGAUUGUCAACGAUAGCCGUCGACUCACUGGGAUAAAUUUAUAAUAAUCCUCUUAAAACUCGUCACCUAAUCAUUAGAUUCAUAAUUAAAAAAAAAUAAAAUUAUACGAAUAUAAUCAUUAGGGAAUAAAUUUUUUUGGUUAAAUUAA